UUCAGCCUCGAAGCAAAAGACUGGCCACGCAGGCAAAGAACUCUUCCGAAUCUCAUCCAAAGAAUCGCGCACGCUUCGCAAUCAUUCAAGAUGGCUAGGGGAAACCAGAGGGACAAAGCUCGUGAGGCGACUCAGAAGAAACUGGCUGAGCAGAAGAAAGCCAACACCAUGUCCGGCCCUGAGAUGCAGCGCGAGAAGGAGAGGGUUGCUCAAAGGAUGAGAGAGAAGCAGGCUGCCGCUGAUGCGAAGAAGGCUGCUGAAGCUCUUGCAGCGAAGAAGAAAUAGAUGAUAUCGACACCACACCGAAGACUCCAACGAGUAACGAGAC